CGCAAAAAAAAAACUAUAAAAAUGACACCCGUCCCGCCCGCAUCAUCGAAUACAAGAUGGCUUCCGAAGAUUCCGACAUCGAGCUGUCAUCGGCUUUGUCGAAAAAGAAAAUAGUCAAGAUGCCAAAGAGUCCCACGUCUGAAAGUUUGCCGGAGCACGCGGAUCCCAAAAAACUCACCACAAAGGUCAUGAUCCAGAAAGCCCUAACUGCUUUAAAAACCCGGAAGGGCGUGUCUUUAUACGCCAUAAAGAAAUAUAUGGAAGAAAACUUUGAAGUCAACACGGAAAAACUGAACUUUUACAUCAAGAAAUACAUCAAGUCAGGUGUGGAGGCUGGCACCAUCAUUCAGACCAAGGGUGUGGGCGCCUCGGGGUCAUUCAAACUGGCGAAUGUGAAAGAACGGACAGAAAAAAAGAAAACCGUCAAGAAACCCAAACCCGUAAAAGAAAAAAAAGAAAAAUCUGGAACAAACGAAAAGCCCGCCAAAACCAAAAUUCCAAAGAAGAAAAAAACCAUGGAAGAGAAAUUAGUCAAAAAGACGAAAAGGCUCACAAUAGGCAAGGAAAAAAAAGAAAAACCUGAAGCUAAAGUGCCGAAACAAAAGAAAGCCAAGGAGGUCGAGAAAGAGGAAAAAGAAAACAUGCCUAAGAAAAAAACAGCGAAGUCUAUGACCAUGAAGAAUAUGAAGGCGGCAAAAGGCGCUAAAACUCCCGCCAAAAAGAAAGCCGCCAUGAUGAAACGGAAAAGCAUCGGGUCAAUAAUAAAACCACCAAAAAUGAAGCCGAAAGCACACGCCUGAUACUAUUUAAGAUAUAAGUAUUGUAAUGUGAUAAUUAUCAAGUCUUUUUAUAAGUAGUUGUAUUUAGUCCAUAAGUUUAAUAGGUACAAAUGACGUAGGUAGGUUAUUUAAAUUAUGUUAUUAAUAAAUGGAAAUUGUGAAGUCACAAUUUAUUUGAUCAUUUUACUUUUUUAAGUCUUAAUUUUUGU